AUGGUUGCUUUCAAACCUGCCCUUCUCGUUCUUCUCACCCUCAGCAAUGAGGCCUUUGCGGUCACUUCUGACAUUCUUUGCACCAGCAAACUUGGUACUGCCAGCAUUGCGUCUAACAAAAUUCCCCGGGCUACCACCACCAUCAAAAACCAGGUUACCGUGAUCAAGAGGAUUAUCCGCAAAGCCAACGUGAUUGUGGUUCCUCAACCUCGUACGACAACUAUAACCGAGACGGCAAAGAACACUGUCACAACAGACGCUGCGCCGGAGGUCGAAGUAGCCACCAGCGUUGUCACCAGUAAGGACUUGACUGCCCAAAGCAAGGACCAUCGCUGA